GAAGGCGGAAGUUCCCGUGGAGAGGACGCUGCCGUAAACAUUCAGCGUCUUGGGGGUUUGUGUGGGGAGGACCCGUGGUCCUGAAUUGAUCCGAUUAUAAUUGAGAGAUGCCUUCUGAUCUUGGUGGCCCCGCCUAAGUAGGAAAGGAAGCGAGGAUCUUGAGUGGUUUUUUUUCUUCCCCCAACCCUUCGAGAUAUGAGGUGUUGAGAGCCGGGAGGCCAGCUAUGAACAGGAACCGAAGAGCUCCAGAGCCCAAGGGCCGGGGAGCGGCGAAGGCCAGGCAGCUUGGCUUGCUGGUUGACUUCUCACCAGAUGGUAUGAUGAUGGAUGUGAAUGACAAUGAAAAUGAUGCCGACUUAGAGGCAGAGCUUGCAAUGAUUACUGCACAAAAGCCAGCUGCUAAAGGAAACCCAAAGGGAAAAGCCCCACUCCCGAUGGAAGCUAUUGAAAAAAUGGCUGCUCUGUGCAUGAAAGACCUCGAUGAAGAAGACAGUGACGAUAAUAUGGAUGAUGAUGACCCGGACUUGAUGGCAGAACUGAAUGAGGUGCUUGAAGAAGAUAAACCAAACAUGAAUAUCACUUUCCCUGAAGAAACUAAGCCUUCGACUGACAGAAUUCCACAGUCCAGUACGACAGCUGCAGAUGGACUGGAAGGCACUUUGACGGAGAGGAUUGAGAUGUACAGAUGUGCAAUAGACAACGCUAAACAAUCUGGCGAAAGUUCCAAAUUGCGAAGAUAUGAACGCGGCCUUAAGACUCUACAAUCAAUGCUUACAUCUGUGAAGAAGGGGAAGCAGAUUAAUGAAGAGGACAUCCCACCUGCUGUGGCUUCUGGGAAAAAUAAUAACACAACUGCUCUGCCCAUCUCGGAGACCUCAACAUCUUUAAUGAGGGAUCAGUCUCCACUGAUAGACCUUCCUGUGUCCAGAGAGCCUCCCAAGCCUGCAGCAAGAUCUGCAGCGCCUCCAUUGUUACCCAAGCCAAAGAUAUCUGUACCUGAGGUUACUCCUCCAUCAGUCAAGAGGCCAAGCACACAGGCACUGCCAGAACCUGCAAAACUAGAAACAGCCACCCCUGUGCCUAAUAACAAAGAAGUACCAGUAAAUUCCAGCAUGAAGGAGAGUGCCGUGAGCCGGCAAAGAGAAUACAAACUGGCCGCACUGCGUGCCAAACGUAGUGGGAACACUGCACUCGCAACAAAAUACUACCAAAUAAGCAAGAAAUUUGAUCCCUUUCUUGAGGCACUGGAUAGAGGAGAGACUGUGGACUUCACUAAACUGCCGCCCCCUAUUGAUGCUAUACCAAAGGCCCAGCAAUCAGUCCCGGCUCCCUCAGCUCCAGUAGCCGCUCCUGCACAGUCAGUGACUCCUUCAGCAAUUCCCUCUCCCCCUAAAGAUGUCAUGGAAGCCCUUCAACAAAGAAUGGACAAGUACAAGUUGGCUGCUACACAGGCUAAGGUUGCAGGCAAUGACCGGAAAGCAAGAAUGCAUGAACGCAUAGUUAAACAAUACCAGGAUGCCAUUCGAGCACACAAAGCUGGAAGGAAUGUUAACCUCAGUGAACUUCCUGUGCCACCAGGUUUCCCACCUCUUCAGGGAUCAGAAAAUUGUGCUCAGAAUCAGACCAUUGCGGGAGUGCUGGAGAGUGCAAUGAAGCUGGCUAAUCAGGAGGUGGAUGAAGAUGGUGACCAUGAGGAGGGUGAGCCAGCGCAAAGGACGCCUGCUCAAAGAUCUUCUCAGCAAGCACCCCCUCGGACAUCAGCACCAAGGGCACCGCCAGCUGCCCCCAAUGGCUCUGAAAAUCCUGCACCGAAGCAGAUGUCAGGCAAAGCUCAGCAGCAGUUGCAAUUCUUGCAGAACAGGAAAAAGCAGUUCAUGCAGGCAGCCCUGAAAAAGAAACAGAAGAAUGACAUAGAGGGAGCUAAAUUGUAUCUUCGGCAGGCUAAAGGCCUGGACCCCAUGAUUGAGGCUGCCAAAAGUGGGCUUCCUGUAGAUAUUACAAAGGUACCAGCACCCCCAGAAAAUGAGGAGGACUUUGUGUUAAUGCAGCAAAGAGGAGUAAACAUACCCCAGAAAACAGCGGAACAAUAUGGCCAGCUGAUGGAAGUUCUGAAGCAACAGUAUGAGAAAUGUAUGAAGUACUCCAAGCAAUACACCCACCUUGGCAAUGUGUCAGAGACCACCAAAUUUGAGAAAAUGGCAGAUGAUUGUAAAAAAAAUAUUGAGAUCCUGAAGCAGGCCCAUGCACAGGGCUGCCCAUUACCCAGAUACCACCAAGAAGAAAGGACCUUCCAAGUGGUCAAGAUAUUUCCUGACCUGUCAAGCAGUGACUUGGUCCUCUUUAUCGUUAAAGGAAUCAACCUGCCUCCUCCACCAGGUGUUGCAUCAAAUGAUCUAGAUGCCUUUGUCAAGUUUGAGUUUGCCUUCCCAAACACGGAAGAAGCACAGAAAGACAAAACCAAUGUUGUGAAGAACACAAACUGUCCAGAAUUCAAAGAAAAGUUUAAAUUGAACAUUAACCGAGAACAUCGAGCAUUUAAGCGGUUGGUACAGACCAAAGGAAUUAAAUUUGAAAUACUUCAUAAAGGAGGACUUUUCAAGAAUGAUCGUGUUGUGGGAACAGCUCAACUUAAGCUGGACAAACUAGAAUCACGGUGUGAACUUCGGGAAAUUCUGGAAGUUCUGGAUGGCAGAAAGACCACUGGAGGUCGGUUGGAGGUGAUCGUAAAUAUCCGGGAACCGCUGAGCUCCCAGCAGCUUGAGAGAGUGACUGAGAAGUGGCUUGUCAUUGAUGCCCAGAGCUUGCCGGUGAUUGCAGUUCCAAAGGCAAAGGAGCGAAGGGAUACUCCACAGGUCACGAGUGGAAGAUCCUCAAUUUGCUCUUUAAUUUAACGAAAUAAAAGCCAGAGACAUCUGUUCUGCAGACAUCCACAGAACCAUUGUUGUUUCUAUUUUUGGUUCGAAGUUAGACUUCAUAAGUUUCAUUGUGUGGUGAGGAACCAGUGAAGGAAGUAGAAAUCCAAGAAAGCCAGCUCCCUGGAAAUGACGAAUACUUCAAAAUCAAUGAACAGAGACACAGGCACUUCACUCAGGUCAAAAUGAAAUAAACUGUUUACUUCUGUACCGGCACUGGAAAUCUGAAACUAAUCCACUUAAUUCUGGAACGGUCUAAACUCUACCUUGAGAAAGGACCCUCUUCUAGUUGGGACUCCGUCAGAACUGGCAAAGGAAGGCUGAAAAAUCCCUUUGUCACAAAGAUUGUAGAAGCUGAGGAAUCAGUCAUAAUUUUCCCUGUAGCCUUUCACCAGUGGGUUUGCUUUCUUCUUUUCUACUGUCCUCCCCAACCUCUUCAAAAACCCCUAGAUUCUAUCUAGUAGUAUAGUUCAUUCUUAAUUUGAGAAUAGAAUUCCACAUUGUGAUGCAGCAGCAAAGCUUCCAGUCGCAAGAAAUCCAGUUGAAUAUGACUACUGGUUUGUUUGCAAGAAAUACAAAAUGAUCAACUCUUUUGUGCAGCUUGUAGUGUAAAUCUGUAACAAGUUCUUGAACGUUUAAGAACAAGUGUCUUAAUCAGUUUAUAAUUUCUGUGCAAUAGUUCUGAGUCAUUACUUUUCCAGGACACUUAUUUCAUCAUGUGGGAAGAGCCAACAGGUUAAAAUAUAGGAACAUACAAAAAUGCAGUUCUUUUGAAAUAUUUUAAAGCUUAAUAGAUAGUUUUAUAUGUAUUGUAUGUGUAAGUGGGUGCCACGGUAGUGUAGCAAUUCGUGUGUUGCUGAUACAUCUUUGACAUUCCGGAGUUCAGAGUUCAAUUCCACCUCUUGUACGUCCUCCCCAUGGAGGACAUUUUCUCCAGGUCCUCCCACAUUCCAAAGACAUACGGGGUUGGUAGGGUGGUCACCGUAAAUUGUCCCGUGAUUUGGUUAGGGUCAAUCGGGUUUGUUGGGGUUUGCUUGGGGCAGCGUAGCUGGAAGGGCCAGAGGGACCUUCUCCAUGCAAUGUCGAUAUCUGUGAAUAUCACUGAGGAUUGGAGUCCGGGGGAGGGUGAUAGCUAGAAAUUGGAAUCUGCUUGAGAGCAGGAUUAAGUGUUUAGGGGUGGGGGGUGUUGUACAGUUUGGGAAGAAAGUGUGUUGAACUAAGAAGGGAGCUACUAUAUCCAGGUUGGGCUCUGGUGAUCCAUGAGAGAUGUGUCAGAUGUGGUAUCUCCAUAAAAAUCCCAUUCUGGAAGUCUCCUGGGACGGGCGCUCCUCAGAAGAGGGCAAACUUAUCUUGCAGACAGUCUGUAAAAAAGUAACAGUGUGACAUGUUACUAGGGAAAUAAAGCAGCACUAUGUCUGAAUUUCUAGGUCACUAAAUAUCUAGUUCAACAUGGGCACUAUGAAAACUUGGUAGAGCUCUUGCUUGGCCAACACAAGUUCUUGAUCAGCUGAUGGUAAUGAGGGAUAUGGUGCAUGCUGGCUUUCAGGAAACAACUGACAAGGUAUAGCAUUAUUGGAGAAGAUCAAUUUGUGGAAUUGAGGAGGGAAAUGGAAAAUCUAAUUUAAAGCUGGUUGGACGAGAAUAUACUGUUGGGCUUAAAUUUCUAGUCUGCAACCCUGGACUGAGAGGAGUGCCAUUAGAGUGAGGUAGUUGGCCCUUCCCUUUGAUCCUGCUGUCUUUGGGGUUCCUGUUUCUGAAAUGCCAACAUUCACACUGGAAGUAGGUUUUGAUGAUUUCCUAAUUAAUCAUGCCUUCAAGUACGAGUUUAUUGUCAUAGGCAUACAUAUACAGGGUGUAAAUUCAAGAUUCAGAUUCAUUUAUCACAUAGUAGAAUUGAAUAUGAUAGUUAAAAGGAUGCAGGAAUUAAUUUUUCAUUACUUUCUGUGCUAACUAUUCAAAUGAUAUAACUUUAAGCAAUAGACUUAAAUGAAAUAACGCCAAAUUUUUCAGUACAAUAUUUAGUAUUUCAAAUGAAUGAUUUGGAUUGCAGUCAACUUGUAUUAAUUAAUUUGUCUCUCUCCUGUUCUUCCAUGACCUGCAACUGCUGGUGCAACAUAGUCUACUUCAGUGAACAGUAGUUCUGAAAACACAGAGGCAUCUGCUUUUAGAGGCAGGAGAAUGGGAUUGAGAGGGAUAAUAAAUCAGCCAUGACUCAAUGGACCAAAUAGCCUAAUCCUGCUCCUGUGUUUUAUGGAUGUGUAUACGUCUAAACAUACUGAAAAGCAACAUUUGCGUUAACAACCAAUUCACUCAAGGAUAUGUUGGGAGUAGCCCACUGGUUUCGCCACACAUUCCGGUGCCAAUAUAGCAUGCCCAAGAUGCUAGGCAGAACACAACACAAGCAAGAAACACAAUAAUGGCAAGAAACAGGAUUUUUACAGUACAUUACAAACAUAAGACAGUCUGGAGUAACAUAAAUUAGACCAUAAGACAAAGGAGCAGAGUUGGGCCAUUUGACCCAUCAAGUCUGAAACAUUAUUCAAUAAUGGCUGAUCCUUUUUGUUUCCCCUCCACAACCCCACGCCCCAGCCUUCUCCCCGUAACCUUUGAUGCCAUGUCCCUUAAAUACACCCAGCGACCUGGCCUCCAUAGCUGCCUGUGGUAACAAAUUCACCACCCUCUGGCUAAAGAAAUUUUUCCACAUCUGUUUUAAAUGGAUAUCCCUCUGAACCCUGAGGCUGAGUGUCUUAGACUGCCCCACCAUGGGAAACAUCAUUUCUGCAUCUACUCUGUCUAGGCCUUUCAACAUUUAAAAGGUUUCAAUGAGAUCUCUAACCCUACCCCCCAAUCUUUCAAAAUUCCAGCAAGUGUAGACCCAAAGCCAUCAAAUGUUCCCUGUAUGAUAACCCUUUCAUUUCCGGAAUCAUCCUUGUGAACCUCCUCUUCUGAACUCUCCAAUGCUAGCACAUCUUUUCUUAGAUGAGGAGCCCAAAACUGUUCAUAAUAUUCAAAGUGAGGCCUCUCCAGUGUCUUUUAAAAUCUCAGCAUCACAUCCCUGCUUUUGUAUUCUACUUAAAAUGAAUGCUAACAUUGCAUUUGCCUUCCUCACCAUCGACUCAACCUGCAAGUUAACCUGUAGGGUGUUUUCCCCAGGUCCCUUUGCAUCUUAGACUUUUGGAUUUUCUCCCCAUUUAGAAAAUAGACUGCACAUUUAUUUCCACUACCAUAGUGCAUGACCAUGCAGUUUCCAACUUUGUAUUUCGUCUGCCACUUUCUUGCCCAUUCUCCUAAUUUGUCCAAGUCCUUCUGCAGCCUACCUGUUUCUUCAACACUACCUGCGCCUUCACCAAUCUUCAUAUCAUCUGCAAACUUGGCAACAAAGCCAUCUAUUCCAUUGUCUAAAUCAUUCGUGUACAGCCUAAAAAGAAGCGGUCCCAACAUCAACCCCCACGGAACACCACUAGUCACUGGCAGUCAACCAGAAAAGGAUCCUUUAAUUCCCACUUGCUGCCUCCCACCAAUCAGCCAAUGCUGUAACUACGCCAGUAGCUUUCCUGUAAUACCAUGGGCUCGUAACUUGAUAAGCAGCCUCGUGUGGCACCUUGUCAAAAGCCUUCUGAAAGUCCAAGUAUACAACAUCCACUGCAUCCCCUUUAUCUAUCCUAUGUGUAAUCUCCUCAAAGAAUUCAAGCAGGUUCGUCAGGCAGGAAUUUUCCUGUAGGGAAACCAUGCUGACUUUGCCCUAUCUUGUUCUGUGUCACCAAGUGCUCCAUAACCUCAUUCUUAAAAAUUGAGUCCAACAUUUUCCUAAUGACUGAGGUCAGGCUAACUGAUCUAAAAUUUCCUUUCUGGUGCCUCUCUCCUGUCUGAAAGUGGAGUGACAUUUACAAUUUUCCAGUCCUCUGGCACCAUGCCAGAAUCCAGUAAAUUUUUUUUUUGAGAGAUUGUUGCUAAUGCCUCCACAAUCUCUACUGCUACCUCUCAGAACCCUAGGGUGUAGUUCAUAUGUACCCUUUGGCUUUUCAGCACUUUCUCCCUUGUAAUAGUAACUGCACUCACUUCUUUUCCCUCACAGCCUUCAACAUCUGGCACAUUGUUAGUGUCUUCCACAGUGAAGACUGAUGCAAAGUACUAUUUAUUCCAUCUGCCAUCUAAAUUAUACACAAUUUGCAUAACAAAAUAAACAUAAUACAAGUUGGGGGGGAAUAUAGUCUGAAGUAGUGUUAGGACUUUUCAGGAAUUUGAUAGUGGAGAAGAAGCAGAGGGUUACUGUUGUGAAUUGUGUGUCUAUAAAUAAGGUUUUUUUUAAUUGCAGUAUCUUAAGAAUAGUUUGAAUGGGUUGGGAUGUUUUGAAGAAAAGAAUAAAGGCAUGUGGAAUGAAGCCAUGAACCUGUGAAUGCUGGAAUGGGUUGAAACUUGGAGGCAAGAUGGCCAGUUGGAAGGCAGAUCCUUUUUUUUUCCACUCCAUUUUAUAUUGGCUGUCUCCCUUCCAUCUUUCAGUCCAGUUGUACCAUCUCAGCCAAAGUCUUUGACUAUCUAUUUUCCUUACUAGAUGCAGCCUAACCUACUGAGUUCCUCCAGUGUUUUGUGUGUUGCUUCAGAUUCCAGUAUUCAGUUUUUUGUGUCUGCCAGGGCUAAACAAUUUGUUGCCACUUUAUAAUAUAUCAAGGGUUUCUGAUGACACUAAGACAUGCUGUGUAGUGAAAACUACCAAGUUACAAACAUAUUAAGCGAAUACACAAAAACUGUAGUAAAUAGUUUACACCAUGAGGUCAUAGUCUUGGGACUUAAAAGGAUGGUACAGAAUACAUUGUAUUUUUAAAAAAAACACACAAAAGCGAGAAAGUAUACAUCCAAAACAGACUUGAGAAGAGGGCUGGCUGGUAAGGGGGUGUUGAUGGAGAUUAUACACACAUCAUUAAUAUGUCAUAGAUACAAAAAUGAUGGAAAAUUUUAAUAGAAUAUAGAUACUUAUCAAGCAAGCUAUACAAAGGUGUUAGAAUUGUUUUUAUAAAAGGUCCUGGAUUGACAUCUGCAGUGUAUUAAACACACACCUUCGUUAAGAUGCACAAUUUCAGAGGGAACAAGUACAGCUUAGAUUUAGCAGUGAUUUAUUAACCCCCUCAACCUCAUUCUCCUGUCUUUUUCCCAUAACUUUUGACACCCUGGCUAAUCAAGAACCUAUCAAAUUCUUUAAAUAACUCAGUUACUUGUCCUCCGCAGCCGUCUAUGGCAAUGAAUUCCACAGAUUCACUACCGUCUGGCUAAAGAAAUUCGUCUUUAUUUCUGUUGUAAGUGGAUGUUCUUCUAUUCUGAGGCUGUGCCCUCUGGUUCUAGGCUAUAGGAAGCAUCCUCUUCACAUCCACUCUAUCUAGGUCUUUUGUGGUCUUGGAAACUUAAAAUGGGUCAUCUGUUCAAAUAUUAGGUAUUAUUGAGAGAAACUUUUUGAAGUGGAUGGUAACAGAUCAAUGCUGGAGGAACUCUGGAGGUCGGGCAGCAUCUAUGGAGUGGAAUAAAAGUUGUUUGGGCGGAGACCCUUCAUCAGGACUCACCUCCAUAGAUGCUGCGUGACUUGCUGAGUUCCUCCAGCAUGUUGUGUGUAUAACUCUGGAUUUCCAGCAUCUGCAGAAUCUCUUGUAUUUACAUUGAAAUAGAUAGCUUCUAGUAGAUAAACUCUAAAAAUUAGAUUGAGGCUUUUCAGGAUGAAAUUAGGAAAGUUUUUGUUUAACAUUUUAUUUGCCUUUCCUGAAUCAAGUAUUGCUGGUGAGACUAACAUUUAUUGCACAUCCUUGAGAAGGUGAUGGCAAACCUCUGCCUUGAAGUGCUAAUGAAGCUUCUCUUGUGAUGCUGUUGGGAGGGGGUUCCAACAUUUAGACCCAGUGAUGAUGAAGGAAGAAUAUCCCAAUUUGUACGGUGUGUGAUUUGGAGGGGAGCCUAUAGGUGUGGUGUUCCUAUGGAUUUGGGAAAUGCAGUUGGAGUAUCUUGGGUGAGUAGCUGUAGUGUAUUUUGUAGAUGAUAUACUUUUGAGAGACUCCGCAUUGAUAGUGAAAGGAAUGAAUGUUUAGGGGCGCACGGAGCAAUGUGCCAGUGAGGAAUGCCACUUUCCUGCCCCCACCGGAUUACGGAUUGCAUUAAAUCACAUCUUUCUGCUACAUUAGAUCCUUUCCAGUUCACUUAUUGCUCAAAUUGGUCCACUGAUGAUGCUCUGGUCUCUGCACUCCACUCUGCCUGUCCCACCUGGAAAUCGGUGUCUCAUAUGCCAUGAUGCUGUAUAUUGACUUUAGCGAUCAUACCCCAAAGGAUGGUGGGCUUUCGUUGGGUCUCAACAGUGUAACUGGAUCCCAGGCAGAAAGGCCACAGCCAGUCCGUGUUGGCAGAAGCAUCUCUAGCUGGUAUCAUGCUGGGCUUUGUCACUCCCCAGGGCUGCAUGCCCAGCCUGCUGCUGACACUGUUGCGUUACUAGAUCCAGUUCAAGCUGAAUCAUCGUUCACUGAUGACACAAAUGGUUGACCUCAGCAGCAAUGAUGAUGAGAUGGCAUACCGAGGGGCUGGUAGAAUGGUGUGAGAGUCUCAACGUUGUCAAGACCAAAGAGAUGAUUGUGGACUUAAGGAAGGUGAAGGCAGACCACUCCUCACUGCACAUAGGUAGGUCCUCUGUAACACACGCAAAAAGUGCUGGAGGAACUCAGCAGGCCAGGCAGCAUUUAUGGAAAAGAGUACAGUUGACGUUUUGGGCCGAAAAACUUCAUCAGGACUGGGAAAAAGGAUGAAGGGUCAGAGUAAGAAAGUGGGGGGGUGGGGAGAAGAAUCACAAGAUGUUAGGUGAAACCCAUGUCCAUCCAUGACCCCUUCCACUGUUGUGGUGGGGCCACACUCAGGUUGGAGGCUCAAUACCUUGUAUUCCUUCCAGGUAGCCUCCAAUCUAAUGACAUGAAUAUUGAUUUCUUGAACUUCUGGUAGUUGCCACUCUCCCCUUGAUUAUUCCCGUUUCCAUCUCACCUUAUCUCCUUACAUGCUUAUCACCUCCCUCUGCUGUUCCUCCACCUUUUCUUUCUUCCAUGGCCUUCUGUCCUCUGCUAUCAGAUUUCUCCCUCUCCAGUCCUGUAUCUUUUUCUCUCCAAUCCUGAUGAAGGGUCUCUGUCCGAAACGUUGACUGUACUCUCUUCCGAAGAUACUAUCUGGUCUGCUGAGUUCCUCCAGCACAUGUGUGUUGCUUGGAUUCCAGCAUCUGCAAAUUUUCUCUUUGUGUCAGUUCCUCUGUGGUGAGAGUUAGGAGCACUGAGUUUUUGGGUGUGCACAAUAACAAACGAUCUCACCUGUUACCUCAACAUCACCUUUUUGGUAAAGAAAGCACAACAGCAUCUCCACUUCCUGAGGAGAUUCAGUCCAAGUGAGGCCUUUCUUCUCUUCCCCCCCCCCCAAAAAAAAUAGAAUGACAAUAAGCUGGAGCUUGGAUUGUUGCCAAUUAAGUAAGCCUAGAUGCUGAAGCUGCAAUCACACUGCUGACCACAGCUGUGCAGAUGGCUUUAGAGUUCAAGAGAUGAGUUUCUUGCUGCAGGAAACAUACCCACCGCCUACCUGCUCUUUGUGGUUGGUCUGGUUGAAUUUCCAGUCCAUGGUGAACUCCAUGUUAUAUCAGUGAUGAUACCAAUCAACAUCAGGCCUGCGCGGUUGCUUCUGUGGGAAUGGGCAUAUUGCCUGUAAUGUUUGUGGUGUAUGUGCUACCUGCCCUGCCUGGGAGGUUGGGAACAUUUCCAAUGAAUUAUUGAUGAUAAAUCUGAGGUAGAUUGUUUACUGUUAUCAGUGAUUGGUGCAAGAGGAAGUUUGAACUACCAUGGCUGAUCUGUGAAAAGAAGAAAAAGUUCUGUGUCAUUUCCUCAGAUUUUAUUUAUGUCCUCUUACCCAAAAAUGGAUUUUACUUGAGCUGACGAUCAACAAGGUCCCUUAAGUCAAACCACCAACAGCGAAAUGUAGGAUUCCAGACAUUCCACAGUAACAUUUGCUCAAAUCUCCUGAUUUCGAGCCAAAGGGCAAACUUGAUUUAUCCUAUGUCUAUAUUCUGGGAUCUUUAAAUCUUGUUCUGCCCAUUUUUUGAUCAAACACAAGUGUAGUUUUUGCAAUGUGUAGCAAUGAUUUUAGUUGCGGGCCUGAGAAGCUUGUUUGCAAACCACCAUUAACUUGAAUUGGCAUAACUUAAUUCCUGGGUAAUUACAGUGCUGUUUGUGACCUUUGUGAAUGGAGGCUGUAAAGUAUUUGGUAUCAGUUAUUGUUCAAAGUUUUAUUGAAUCUAGGAAUAAUGCUUGUUGAUGCAACACAAUAGAUCGCCAUUUCAGUUUGAAAGCCUAGUUGUUGACUUUGUUGUAUUAUGUGAUUAAGUGAGCUGUAUAAUUAAGAGUAUGAUGAACAUCUUUGAAUGACUGUCUGGAAGUUUGACCUCUAACGAUUUGGCAAGACUAACACUCCUUAGAACCUCCUUGAAAUAACAUUCCCCACAGAUUAAAUCAAUUAUUGUGCAGUAUGCUAAGUAUUUCUCCAACAUGACUUUCUGGUUCACUGGUCUGAAAAAGUGUUUUUCUGAGGACCCACUUGGGUUCAUUUCAGUGUCAGUGAUCAGAAGAUCGAGUCAAUUCCCACCGCUGUCUGUAAAUUUGUACGUUCUCCCAAUUAUCACAUGGAUUUCCUUUGGUUGGUCCAGUUUUCUUCCACUUUCCAAAGACCUACAGAUUAGUAGGUUAAUUAGUCACAUGGGUGUAAUAGGGCUCCAUGGGCUCGUUGGGCCAUGAGUGCCUGUUACUGUGCUGUAUCUCUAAAUAAGCAGACAAACCUGUGACUUCAAGUUUCUGUGCCUCCUACCUGAUGGUACCUGUGCAAAGAGGGCAUGGCUCGUAUGGUGGGGAUCUUCAUUGGAUGUUGCCUUCUUGAGUCAGCGAUGCCUUGGAUGGUGUUGCAUGGCCAUACCCAGCAUGUGGGCCCUAACAUUGAAAAUUGUAAUCGUCAUGAAAUCACACUACUAUUUUUGCACUGUUAAAAGGUAGUAAAGCAAUAUUAUGCUCCCAGUCCAUGACAUUCAGGCUUUAUGCAGAGGAGGGCAAAAUGGUUCUCCUAGUAUCUGAACAACCUGCCACUUAUUCAGUACCGUUGAAAGAGAUUAACAGGCCAUUCACUAGUUUUGUUUUUUCUGAAUGUAAACCUAAAUGUUCACUAACAUUAAGUACCACAAACAAAGCUACUGCCUUGAAGCUGAUGUAGAAGGAUGUGCUAAGUGAGUUUUUGGAUUUCAGGGCCUUUUUUUGGCCAUGGAGAGGAAUAUGUGCAAUAUGGUAGCAUAGCACUGAGCAUAACGCUUUCCAGCACCAGUGAUCAGAAGAUCUGGAUUCAAUUCCCUCCGCUAUCUAAUCAGUUGUACCUUCUCCCCAUGACUGCCUGGGUUUCCUCUGGGUGUUCUGGCUUCAUCCCAUAUUCCAAAAAUAGACAGGUUAGGAUUAGUAAAUCAUGGGCAUGCUAUAUUGGUGCUGGAAGCUGAAUGAUGGCCUGUAAACCAGAGAGAAUUCCAUCAACUAAUGCAGUUGAGUCUUUUACAUCUACCUGAGCUAGUGGUUAACAUUGAGUUAAUGUCUCAUCUGAAAUCUGAUCCGUUGGUUUGGAUUUUUGUGCUAGAGUCUCUGGGGUUGGUUAAUAAACCUGCACUGUUUGAAGACCUGAAGCAAAAGAUUUGGGACCAUAUAUUAGUAGAGUUAGAUUAUUUUAUUCAACACACACAAAAUGCUGGAGAAACUCAGCAGGCCAAGCAACAUCUAUGGAGAGGAAUAAAUCUCUCCUGAUGUCUGGAAUGGUCUCAGCAUGAAACAUUCUUUUAUUUCUGUCUGUAGAUGUUGCCUGACCUGCUGAAUUCCUGUGGCAUUUUGUUCAUGUUGCACUGGAUUUCCAGCAUCUGCAGAAUCUCUUGUUAUUUUUUUCAAGGAACUUCUGUUUAUCUUAAAAAGUCUGCUGGAAAAGCCCAGCAGGUUGAGUAUUGUUUGUGAAAGGAAUUUAUGGUUCGAAACCCCACAUCAGGACAGUGCAACUAGAAACACUGACAACUUCUUUCCUCUUGUUCCUCCAGCAAAUUGUUUGUUGCUCUAGACUUCAUCAUCUGUAAUCUCUUGUGACUGUUCUUUUCAUGCAAAUUGCAUUUGAUGUUAAAGAUGCAGUUAAUUUUUCAAUUGAAACAGGGGAGGUUGUGAUUCCAAGUUGAUGGUUGUUUUGGUGUGCUUUCCAGUCCACCCAGCACCAAAACAAUAUGUCUAACUACUUCCUGUUGGACUAUUCUGAAUGUAUGGUCAAUGCUAUCAUAUCCUCCUGGCCAGAAUGUCAGGCACAGUACAUAGAGGCUGUACCUCUACUUUAAAGUUAAUCUGAGUGCAGUUGGUUAUUCUAAGAUUACACAGGUUUCCCAAUAAAAAAAUGCCAUUGACUACAUUUCAGAAAACACUAUGUAUCCUGAGGCUGCUUCUGAAUGCCCUUGCUAAAUCAUGUGGUACUUUUUAUUUUGUUGUAUUUUUUUUUAAGAGAUACGGCGUGGAAUAAGCUGUCCUGGUCCUUUGAGCCGCACUGCCAGUAACCCACCGAUUUAACCUUGGCCUAAUCGCAGGCCAUUUUACCAUGGCCAAUUAACUUUCUAAUUGGUACUUUUUUGGACUGUGAAGGGAAACUGGAACACCCAGAGGAAACCCAUGUGUUCACAGGAGGGCAUACAAACUUGUAGAUGAAGUCAGAAUUGAACCCUAAGCUCUGCUGCCCUGAACUGUAAUAUUGUCGUGCUACCUGGCACUUAGCAGCCAUUCUAGUUCUGAAUCAGGAACGUAAUUGGAAACUAUUAGAAAAUAGACUUGGUAGAGUAGCGGGGCAGCAUGGUAGUGUACCGGUUAGCAUAACGCUUUACAGUGCCAAUGACCUAGGGUUCAAUUCCCAACGCUGACUUAAGGAGUUUGAACAUUCUUCCCGUGACCAUGUGGGUUUCCUCUGAAUGCUCUGGUUUCCUCCCACAACCCAAAGAUGCAUGUGUUGGUAAGUUAAUUGGUCAUUUGAGUAGCAUGAGCUCAUUGGGCUGGAACAGCCCGUUGUAUCUCUAAAUAAAAUAAAUAAACUAAGAACUGAUUAAAUUGAAACAAUUGUUUUUGCUACACAUCUAUCUGCUACAUAGUUCUAAGGGGUUCCUAACCUGUGGUCCAGAGACCACCUGUUAAUGGUAGGGGUCCAUAGUAUAAAAAAGGUUGAGAAACCUUGUCUGCUGGCUCACUUUUGAUGUUAGCAUUUUCUAUACCUGUCACCUCUUUCUUACUGCUGCUCGGAGUAAUCAUUGAAUUUCAAGCCUGAAACUGUUUCAAAAUUGAUGCCUCACCCAAUGUCUGCUAUACAAAUAAAUGUGGCAAUAAGUUUAUAGAUUGCUGCACAAGAAAAAUGUUAAUAUUUAACAAAUGGCACCUGCAAUACUUGCCUGUUACUGUCACACUUUGUGCAGGGUGAAUCCUUCGGUUAUAACAGAGUAGAGGGAAUAGUUUUUGCCUUUUUGCACUAUGUUGAUCAACACUAGAUACUUAAUUAAAACUAUUGGAACAAUCUUUGUACAUUUGUAUUUAAUAGAAGUUCUUUUUCAUAUAGAUGUAUAGCCUUGGUUGAUGGCUUGAUCUAUAAACACAAUUAUGGGUUUCUGGGAAAUCUUUUUUGGGGUCAAUGUAGAGAUUAUGUUUUCUGUGUGGGAAAAUCUGUAACUAGUGAUCACUAUCUCAAAAAUAAGAGCUUGCCCACUACUUAAAGCCAAUCUUUUUUCCUCCUGAUAUCCACAAGUCUUUGGAGGUGUUUGGUGAGGGUGAAGGAGUGUGGAGAAAGGUUACCAGCAGUAGGAGAGAAUGUGAAAUUCACAUUAUAUCAAACCCUUUUAAAUGGCAGGUCAGCUUCUUCAUCUCGCCUUUAUUCUGGAUACAUCCCCCUUCCUUUCCAAUCCUGCUGAAGGGUCUCAGCCCGAAACGUGGAAUGUUUAUUCCCCUCCACAGAUGCUGCCUGACCUGCUGAGUUCCUCCAGCAUUUUGUGUGUUUGAGUGUUUUCACAUGCCAACCUAACAUAGUUCUCCACUUUUGUUCCCCACAAUUUCUUCCUCAUGUCACUACCAUGGUGUAAAAAAUAUUGUAGUCACCUUCUCUAAAAUAUAUUGGAAGGAAGAAACUGCAAUACUUAAUGAGGAUAGAUCAAGCUGCUCAGUGUCAUAUUUCGUACACUUGAGCAAUCAUUCAUUGAUUGCAGGGGUGGGGUCAUAGCGUGAGGAAAUACACCAGUGGCCACUUUAUUAGAUGCAUCUUCUACUUAAUAAAUUGUCUACGGAGUGUAUGUUCAUGUUCAUGGUCCUCUGAUGCUGCAGCCCAUCCACUUCAAGGUUCAACAUCUUCUACAUUAAGAGAUGCUCUUCUGCACACCACUGUUGUAACAUAAGGUUACUUGAGUUGCUGUUGCCUUCCUGUCACCUUGAACCAGUUUGGCCAUUCUUGUCUGACCUCUCAUUAACAAGGUGAACUGCUGCUCACCAUUCUUUGUAAACUUGAGAACCGGGGUUUCGAACCUUUUUUAUGCUAUGAACCCAAUACCUUUAACUAAGGAAUCCAUGGACCCUAGGUUUGGAACCCCUGCUCUUGAGACUGUUAAGCUUGAAAAUCCCAGAAAAUCAGCAGUUUCUGAGAUGCUCAAACCACCCAUUUGGCACCAGCAAUCAUUCCACAGUCAAAAUCACUUGGAUCGCAUGUCAUCCCCAUUCUGAUACUUCGUCUGAACAAUAUCUGAACCUCUAGACUAUGUCUGCAUGCUUUUAUACAUGAGUUGCUGGCACUACAUAUCCCCUAGAUGCAGAUAAGUGAAAUGGGAGAAAUGAUGGGUUACCAUAAUCAAAAGAAAUGCAGGAGGCAUGGACUGAAUGUGCCAAAGGGCCUAUUGUAGAGCUCUCUGGCACUAUUGCAAUGGUAGUGUUGGAAUGGAAGCUGGGAUUUGAAUUAUUCAGCUGGAUCUCAAAGCUCCCUGGCCCAGAGUUUGUCCUAUAACCAGUUUUGCGUCCAAGCACCAAAGGCAUUUGAGCUGAAACUCAUACCAUGCCUGCCAGGUACCUAAGCGUGCAUCUGGCAUUGAACAUCACAAGGUGGCAAUCAAGUUGGCAGCCUGCAUAGUUCCCAUGCAAAGUAUUUUUGACCACAGAGAUUGGCUACCAGAGAUGCAUCUCUCUGGCUCAGGUGUAGAAUGUAUCAAGGCAGAGAUUGAUCAUUCCUUGGACUUUGAGUUCAGAUUCAGAGGUUAUUUGCUUUAGUAGCCAACACAACCUAAGGAUGUGCCGAGGGUAGCUGGCAAGUCAUGUUCUUGAGACACCGUCUUUUAUAUAUAUGAGUUCUUUUUUACCAAGAGGAUUUCAAAACUUAGACCAUAAGACUUAGGAGCAGAAUUAUGUCAUUAGGUCCUCGAGUCUGCUUUGCCAUUCCAUCGUGGCUAAUUCAUUAUCCCUCUCAACCCCACUCACCUGCCUUCUCCCUGUAAUCUGUGACACCCUUACUAAUCAAACUGUCAAACUCUGCUUUAAAUGUAUCUAAUGCUUGGCCUCCACAGUCAUCCAUGGCAAUGAAUUCCACAGAUUCAUCACCCUCUGGCUAAAUAAAUUCCUCCUCAUCUCUUUUCUGAAGGGAUGUCCUUCUAAACUGAGGUUGUGUCCUCUGCCUGUAAACUCUUCCACUAUUGGAAACCUCCUCUCCACGUCCACCUUAUCCAGGUCUUUUAAAUCUGUGAGUCUAUGUCCAGCCUCUCUUCAAUCUGUCCCAUGUUUUUCAAAAUCAUUUUGCAAUUGUACCCUUGUGCUUUCCCCUUGUGCAUGGUUGAAUGACAAUAAACUUAAAACUUGUUACAGAGGUUUCCAUGUUGUUUUGGGGGGCGAAGUGUUUAAACAUUUAGAUUCAGGAAGUCAAGAAAUCUACAAGAAAAGUUUCCACAAGCUUGGGAAAUGGGAGUCUGUGUAGUCGCAUGCAGAGUAUGCAAAGGAUGUUCAACACUCUUGAAAUCAGCAAUAGUGGGCACUGUGCUCCGUAAUCACUCACCUGGACUUCUCCAGCUACAUCUCUGGACACCACGAUCCCUUUCACCAAUGGAACAAACCUCCCCACUGUAGAUACCUGUCGUAACGCAGGAAGCCAAUUUGGCGCAUCAGGUCCAAGAGUAAUUAUAUCAUUCAAAUUUCCCCCUGACUGCUGCACCUCAUGCCCAUUGCCUUCCUUAAUUCUUCUGCCACUUACCUACAUGGGGGGGGAGUAACUUACAAUAGCCAGUAGGCCUAGCAGUCUCGGCGGGUGUGGGAAGCAAGCGGAACCCCCAGUUUAUAUGGAAAAUGAAACGCCACAAAGGCAGCACCAGACUUUGGGAUAGAAUCCAGGUGCCUAUACCUGUAAAACAACCACACAAGCUCAAGAUUCUGCAGAUGCUGCAAAGCCAGAGCAACACAAACAAAAUACUGGAGGAACUCAGCAGGUCAAGCAGCAUCUAUGGAAAUGAAUAAACAAUCAUUGUUUCGGGCUGAGACCCUGCUGAGGGCUGGAAAGGAAGGUCAUGAGAAUAAAAAAAGAUGGGGAGAGGGGAAGGAGGACAAGCUGGAAGCUGAUGAGUGAAACCAGGUGGGUGGGAAAGGUAAAGGGCUGGGGAUGAAGGGAUCUGAUAGGAGAGGAGACUGAAUUGUGGGAGAAAAGGAAGGAGGAGGGUCACUAGGGAGAGGCCAGAGUGGGGAAUUGAAGAAGUGGGAAGGGGAAGGGAAAAGAAAAAAAUUACCGGAAGGAGAAAUUGAAAUCGGCUUGGAGCCUACAUUGACAGAAUAUGAGGUGUUGACUCCUCCACCUUGAAAGUGACCUCAUCGUGGCAGAAGAGCCACGGACUGACAUGUUAGAACAGGAAUAGGGAUGAGAAUUAAAAUGGUUGGCCACUGGAAAAUUCUGCUUUUGCCGAAUGGAGUGGAGGUGCUUGACAAAGCGGUCCCCAAUUUACGUCACGUCACACUAAUGUAGGGAAGGUCACAUUGAGAGCACUGGGUACAAUAGAUGACUCCAACAGAUUCACAUGUGAGGUGUUGCCUCACCUAGAAGGAUUUUUUAGGGCCCUGAAUGGAGGUGAAUGGGUAGGUGUAGUAUUUCUCUCGCUUGCAGGUAUAUGUCCCAGGAGGUAGAUUUGUGGGGAGGGAUGAAUGGAGAAGGGAAUCACGGAGCGAUUGAUCCCUGCGGAAAGUAGUGCAGAAGUAAAGAUGCAUUUGGUGGUCGGAUCCCAUUGAAGAUGGCGCAAAUGGCAGAGGAUGAUGCAUUGGAUGCAGAUGCUCGUGGGGUGGUAGGUGAGGACAGAGGAGCUCUGUCUCUGUUCAGACAGUGGAAAGAUGGUGUGUGCACGUGUGUCCGGGAAAUGGAGGGGAUGCGGGUGAGGGCAGCAUCAAUGAUGGAGGAAGGGAGACGCCGUUCUUUGAAGAAAGAGAAUAUCUCUGAUGUCCUAGAAAGAAAAGCCUCAUCCUGGGAACCGAUGCAAUGGAGACAAAGAACUACAUGAACUGCUGGACCUCCAUGCUAGUCAAAUUCCCGUCCAAACUGAAACUAUUUUGCUGAUCCUUCAUCCUUGCUGGAUCUGAGUAGUGGAACUCCCUACUGUGUAAUAUUAUAGUAUUGGGUUAUUGUUGUCGCAUGUAUUGAGAUACAGUGGAGGGGUUUUUGUCUGCAUGAUAUUCAGAUAGAUCAUCCCAUACACAAGUAGAUUGAGUUGGUAAAAAGAAAACAAUGUAGAAUACAGUGUUACUGUUGUAGAAAUAGUACAGUCCGGGUAGACAAUGUGCAAAGGUCACAACAUAAAGCAUGUACGUAUCAUAUACUACCUUGAAAUUUAUUUUCUUACAGGCAGUCACAGAAAAAUAAAGAAAUAUAAUAGAAUUAUGAAAACUGUACAAAAACAUAGGCUAACAAAAAUGUGCAAAAGAAGACAAAUUGUGCAAACAAAAGAAAAUAUAUAAAACUGAGAGAAUGAGUUGUGUCCUUGAAAGUGAGUCUUUAGAUGUAGAAUCAGUUCAGUGUUGAGCUGAUUGAAGUUACGCUGAUUUAGGAGUCUGAUGGUUGAAGGAUAAUAACUGCUCCCGAACCUGGUGGUGUAGGACCUAAGGCUCCUGUACCUCCUGCCGAUUGUAGUGAUGAGAAGAAUGCAUGAUGAUGGAUACUGCUUUCUUGUGGCAGCUCUUACAAGUAGAUUGGGAGAUAAAAGCUAUCCUUGAGCCUGGCUUUUGUAUAUUCUGCCUAACGUGAGAGGGGAGAAGAGCAAAUGACAAGGGUGGGAGAGGUCCUUGACUAAGUUGGCUCCUUUCCCAAGGCAGAUGGAAGAACAGACAGAGAUAGUGGAGGGGCGAUUAGUUUGCAUGAUAGGCUGAAGGGUGCAUAUGGUCUCUUCAAGACCGUGUGCCUGUUAAUAAUAAGGGGCAGCUUCCACUGACAAUGGACAGCUGGUUGUACAGUGGCAUCUGCACCGGACUUCAAGGCGAGUGGUCCCGGGUUCGAAUCCGGUGGCUCCUUUGCAUGUUUUCCAUCUGUGCUGGGUUGAACAUCGAGCUAGUAACUUAACCUUGUAAAAACCAGACAAAUACUAAAGAAAUGGCAAGGAGCGAAGAGGAACAGUAAAACAAAAACACUGCCAAUGACUAUGUUCUGGGAAAAAUAAAUAACAAAUAAAUACCAGCCACCAGAGAAAACUCUUCUGCGUAGUUUAAUGGUAUUUUCCCCUGGCUUGUCUGCAAUGUCACCCCAGCAGUGCAGCCUUUCCUUCGCUACUCUUCUCCCCCUCUCCCCCUUCUCUCUUAUUCCAUUCUUCAUUCUGACACCUCUUUCACCCCCUUCUCUUCUCAUCACCUGCCAUCACCUCUCUCUGGUUCCCGUCCUCCUUCCUUUCUCUAAUUGUCCAUUCUUCUCUCCUCUCAGAUUCCUUUCUUCAGUUCCUUACCAUUUCCACCUCUCUCUUCAUCAACGCACCCACCUUUCCCCUCACCUACCCCUGCCAGUUGUAACCUCCCCCAUCUUCUUAUUCCGACUUCUGCCCCUUCCUUUUCAGUUCUGAUGAAGGGUCUCAGCCCAAAAUGUCAACUGCAUAUUCCCCUCCAUAGCUGCUGCCUGACCCAAGUUCCUCAAUAUUGUGUGUUGCUCAGCCUUGCCUACGUACUACAUUGAAAUGUCAGCCUGGGUUCUGUGCACAAGUCUCUGGAGUAGGACUUCACCUUCUGACUGAUCUGAAAGGCUGACUUGCUGGGUCACUGUUGUCAUUGGUUCAUAUUCUGCAUGCUUUUGUAUUUUCCCCACAGGAAUUGCUUCUCCCUUCUCUGUCCUAUACAGCUCCUCAAUAGUUAAACUUCCAAACUCAGCAGUAGCAAGAGCUCUUCGGUUAGUUGUAGGCCUAGGACUGCUUGGCUAGCCGAGGUUUAAUAAAGUGAACCAAGCUUGUUGGAAAAAUAAAGUCUCUGUAAUCUUCCUAAUCUCUGCAAAGUGCAUGACUGUACGUUGAAUAAGAUGCUGUACCAGUCCAUCUACGACGUUGACAAAACCACUUGGAUACAUUUUCAGGUAAUCCACCUCUCCGUGUCAUACUUUCCGAGCAAAUCUCUUUUUUAAACACGAGAUUCUGCAGAUGUUGGAAAUUCAGAGUAACACACACACACAAAAUGCUGGAGGAACUCAGCAGAUCAGUCCUCUGAUUGAAGUGAGUCCUGAUAAAAGAUCUCUGCUCAAAAUGUUGCCUCUUCAUUCCUCUCCAUAAAUGCCACCUCCAGCAUUUUGUGUGUAACUCUGUCAGUCUCCUCACUCUGCUGUUUGACUUCUGGUUUCCCUAGUAACUCACUGUUAUUAAUAAAAACAUUCUUGGCGAUUGCUUUGUCUUUGAGGUCUUGACUCUCAGUUGUACUCUGUGCAGAUCAAAGCUUGAAAUAAUAUGUAAACAGGUAAUUAUUGACCAAUAUUUAUUUGUAACCUAAUUGAAGUGUUUUAUAC